AAAUAAAUUGCCCCCUCAACGCGUGUUGUGUACUUUCACCUUAAAUAAUUUACGAUAUGGUUUAUAAAUUAUUAUUACAGAAACAAUGUUUUAAAUAUGUUUUAAUAAAAAGUUGCUAAAGAAGGUGGCACGUUAAUGAAAUGGAUUUUAAAAUCAUAGAACGAUUUAAAUUAUCUAUGGUAAUAGCAGUAAUAUUGGGAAAUUUAAAAGUUAAUAGUUUACCGCCAACUUUAAAAAUUGGCGCUAUAUUUUCUGAAAGUCAGAGACACGGUGCAACAGAAUUGGCUUUUAAGUAUGCCGUUUACAGCAUUAAUCGAGAUAAAGGUUUACUUCCAGAAACAAAUCUACUUUAUGAUAUACAAUACACAAAUGAAUUGGACUCAUUUCAUGCCUGCGAAAAAGUGUGUAAACAAAUUAGUUAUGGCGUUCAGGCUAUAUUUGGCCCUUCCAACAGUUUAAUAAGUUCACACGUACAUUCGAUAUGUGAUGCCUUAGAUUUGCCACAUUUAGAAACACACAUUGACACCGAUAAUGAGGUUGGCUCCAGAGAAGAAUUUGCUAUAAAUUUACAUCCCUACCAGACAUACAUAAACGACGCAUUUAUGGAUGCCAUGCAUUAUUUAAACUGGACUAAAGUUGGUAUAUUACACGAAAAACACUAUGGUCGUAUACAAUUGCGUCGUUUGAUACGCAUACCGAUGGAAGUGCAUAUACGUCACGUAGAACCAAGGAACUAUUUAAGUAUUUUAAAUGAAAUGAAGGAUAAAGAGAUACACAAUUUAAUUAUUGAUACAAAUUACGAAAAUAUUCAAGUUUUAUUAAAAGGUGAGGACCAGUCCAUAAUUUACCCUACCCCCACUACUGGCUGGAAAAUACGAGUAUAGCGCUGAAAUUCGACAAAAGUAAGUUUCUUACGAGCACAAAUCUCUCUUUCGAAUUUCAUGAGAAUCGGUCAAUAAU